AUGGCACCCAUCCCAGAACCCAUUGCGCUUCCCCCAAACUUCACUCCGGAAAAGUUCCAGGAGUUCAUCAUCCGAGCUCAGGAAAUCUGCGGAACCGAAAACGUUCGCGUCGUUCCUAAAGACAAGCCCCUCGAGGGCGACUCCUAUCUCAACCAGCCCAAGUCGCACGACCACUUCCCCCUUUAUGAGAAGACCAAAUUCGUCGCCUCCGCCGUCGUCACUCCUCGCCAUGUUCCGGAUGUUCAGGCCCUGGUUGGUCUGUGCAAUGAUUUAAUCAUGCCCGUAUGGCCCAUCUCCCUCGGCCGAAACUUCGGCUACGGCGGUGCCUCUCCGCGCGUCCCCGGUUCCGUUGUCAUGGAUCUCGGCCACCACAUGAACCGCAUUCUCGAGGUCAACGUCGAGGGCGCAUAUGUCCUGCUGGAACCCGGUGUGAGUUUCCGUGACCUCCACGAGUACCUGGAGAAGCACAACUUGCGCGAGCAUUUGUGGCUUUCUGUGCCUGUCGGACAAGGUUCGGUGCUGGGCAACGCUGUUGAGCGAGGCGUUGGCGCGACGCCUUACGGCGACCACUGGGGCAUGCACUGCGGAAUGGAAGUCGUGCUGCCGAACGGAAAGCUGGUACGCACGGGUAUGGGCGGUGUGCCAAACCCCAAUGCGGACCCGAACUUGCGGCCGGAUGAGCAGCCUGCCUGUGAGACCUGGCAGCUGUUCAACACGGGAUACGGUCCUUACAACGAUGGCCUCUUCUCCCAGAGCAACCUUGGUAUCGUGACCAAGAUCGGAAUGUGGCUGAUGCCUAACCCCGGAGGAUACCAGCCGUACGAGAUCACCUUUGAGAACGACUCAGAUCUGUCCAAGGCCGUCGACAUUAUCCGCCCGCUGCGUCUCCAGAUGGUCCUUCAGAAUGUUCCUUUCCUCAGGCACACUCUUCUUAACGCCGCGCACUGCGGGCCUAAAUCCAAGUAUACCAACAAGCAGGGCCCUCUAUCAGACGAUGAAGUCAAUGCUAUUGCAAAGAAGCUCGACAUGGGACGCUGGCAGCUCAUCGGUGCCGUCUAUGGCCCGAAGCCCGUCCGUGAUGUCCUUCUGGGCGUCAUCAAGCACGAGUUCCUGGCAAUCCCGGGUUCCCGAUUCUUCCUUCCAGAGGACAGGUCAAGAGAGAGCCCCCUGCGAGCUCGUGAGUUGCUGAUGCAAGGCAUUCCUACCGUAGAGGAGUUGAGAUGCCUAAAGCUGGCUCCCCAACGGCGGCCAACUCCUUUGGGCGCCCAUCUCCAAGGUCUCAGGCGAGGAUGCGAAGAAGCAACACGACGUUGCCAAGAACCUGAUCACCAAGUACGGCUUUGA